CCCUCUCCUCUAUUGUUUAUGACAAUUACAAGCUUCACACCGACGCGUCACCGUCGGGUUUUAUUUUAAUUUUAUAAUUAUAAGUGACAAAGAAAAUUGUGAUAAGUGUGAUUUUUAUACACAUCUUGGUGAUAAUAUUAGUGUUAAGAUUUGUUAAGUUAUUGUUGCAACGUGGAAAACAAACGAGCUUACCCUGCCUGCAGUGCGUGCCACGAGCCCCAGAGUCCCAGCCAUUAGAUUGAGUGGAGUGUCCCCUGUGCCCACACGUAGCCCUGUACGCAGCCAAAAUUCCGCGAGACACUUCGGACACCUGCUCCAGCAUGGAACUGGAGAAAGCCCCUACUCUCCACGAGGAAGACUCCAAAGUUACCCUCACUAUCAGACUGAUUAUGCAGGGGAAGGAAGUUGGCAGUAUUAUUGGCAAAAAAGGAGAGAUUGUUAAAAGGUUCAGAGAAGAGUCUGGAGCAAAAAUCAACAUAUCCGAUGGAUCAUGCCCAGAACGGAUUGUCACUGUUACUGGCAACACAAGCGCUAUAUUCAAAGCGUUCACACUCAUAUGCAAAAAAUUCGAAGAGUGGUGCUCGCAGUUCAACGAGGGCGGCGGCGGUGGGUCCCGCGCGCCGAUCACGUUGCGUCUCAUCGUGCCCGCCUCGCAGUGCGGCUCGCUCAUCGGCAAGGGCGGCUCCAAGAUCAAGGAGAUCCGCGAUGUCACCGGUGCUAAUAUACAGGUGGCGAGUGAAAUGCUACCAAACUCAACAGAGCGAGCCGUGACCAUCAGUGGGACCUGCGACGCUAUCACACAAUGCAUUUAUCACAUCUGCUGUGUUAUGCUAGAGAGCCCACCAAAAGGCGCGACAAUUCCCUACAGACCAAAACCAAAUGUGGCCGGCCCAGUCAUACUAGCCGGCGGACAGGCGUACACAAUCCAAGGCAACUACGCUGUACCUGCACAAGAUAUGGGAGGUCUGGCUAAGUCACCUCUGGCCGGCCUGGCCGCCUUAGGUCUCGGCGGCCUAGGGCCAGCAAAUGCCGCCGGACUUAAUCCAGCAGGUAAACAGAGCCUAACGUUAGCGGCUUUAGCUGGGUCACAACUGCGCACAUCGAACCAGUCGCGCAACCAGCCCGCCACCAAUCAGCAAUCACAUGAGAUGACAGUACCCAAUGAAUUGAUAGGCUGCAUCAUCGGAAAGGGCGGUACCAAGAUCGCAGAGAUCCGACAAAUAUCCGGAGCUAUGAUCCGGAUAUCUAAUUGCGAAGAACGAGAGGGUGGCAGCACUGACCGAACCAUCACUAUCUCUGGCAACCCUGACUCCGUAGCACUGGCCCAGUAUCUCAUCAACAUGAGUGUGGAGCUACAGAAGGCGAAUCUGGAGGGUAGCACCAGCGGCUCCGGCAGCUCCACGUCGCCCAGUCCGCUCGCGUCCGCCAUCCCGCUGGCGCAGCUGCUCAGCAAGUCCGGGGCGCUCGGGGCGCUCAGCUCGCUGUCGGCGCUGGGCGGGCUGUCGGAGCUGCUGGCGCCCGCCGCGGGGCCCGUGCAGACCACGGGCGUGCACCGCUCGCACGCGCACAAGUACUCGCGGCGCCAGGACGAGGACGCGCCCGCCAAGUCCUCCAAGGACCGCAACAAGUACAACCCCUACUAGCGGUGCACGGCGUACCGGGAUGCCGCCAACUGAUCGCCGUCGUUUCGUCUUAUUCGUGUUACUCUCAAAUCAUGUAACUACAAUUGUCAUCGUUAGGUUUUACGAUAUGUACGAGCCGAGUAAAGCUUAGUGUCGUCACUGUAGGAGCCCGCGCCCGGUGCGAGGCUGUAUCGAGUAACUCGGUGGAGCUCGCGUGUCGCUCGGUCACCUCUGUCGGUGGUUACGCCACGCCCUCUAACAGUCAUUCAUCAUCAUUAUCGUUAAAUAUUAUUUCUAAGAGUAAAUAAAAACAGUAUAACAUUUUGAGAAAUCUGUUUUCAUCUUUUUUACUUUAUUCGUUGUAUUGAAAGAUUUAAACAUUUUUGUUACUAAAAAAAUAAUUAAUUAAUCAUAAUUAUGAGUCUUUCUUUAACAUCGUAUUCUCUCUUAAUUCUACAUUUAUUUGGUGAUUUAAAAGUAUUUAAACCUCUUUCAAUAUAAAUAAUACUAAAUACUUGUUACAAUUAUUGAUUUUCUAUUUAAAUUAGAUCAAAACAUUUGAUGUAUUUUAAAAGCAUGACUGCGCUAGAGAAAGCUUUUAUAUGACGAAAGAAUACCUCGACGAACUAAAAAACAUUAUCUAAUAUAUUAAAAGUCGUUUUUGAUAACUAUUAAAUUAAGAUUAAAGUAUCCGGGAAGUAUAAUAUCAUCAUUACAAUGAAAUAAAAUCACGAUGGUAAUACUAAGUGCAUAGUAUAUGUAACGAUACACGAUGGACUUAGGACGGGAAAGUGAAAUAUUUACGAAUACGACAACUAGGGAUCUUGACAAUAGUAGAAGUACGUAGAAGCUAAUGGCUGUAGAAUAUACAGAGUGCUUUGCGUUCAGAUGUAAUGAAAUGUCUAUUUGGAAUCAAAAUACAGGGUGUCACAAUCACGAGAGUACAUCAAACGAUACUUCUUUUCUUUAGACGAUUCUAGAAACGAAUGCUACUUGUACUCCGACUUUUUAUUCGUUUCAGUAAAUUGACAGUUUACCUAACUCAAUCGAUUACUGAAUCAAAUCGAUUCGAAUCGAUAUUAAAUAUUACGAAUAGGUAUGUCAAAUGCUUGUCACCGUCUGGCAUAUUUACAAUAUUUUUUCUAUGACAUCAUCAGCUAUUCAUUGUGUUUUUCCUUCUUAUUUAGUAUGAGGCAUGCACUUCGCUCAUGCUUUUCUUCUUUCUAUUAUUUGUAAGUCUUGACUAAAGUCGUUCAUUGUCAUUUUGAUUUAUCGAAUCGAUUGCUGAUUGACAAAACAGCUGUUGUUAGUUCACUGAAUCGAAUAAAAAGUCUGUAUGUAGGUAUAAAAUUGUAUUUCACUUCAUUUGUACACAUUCAUUUAAACAUUAACGCGAAGUAUUGUUUGAUGACAAUACCUCUGUAUACACAUUUUAAAUGGAAGAUCAAAUUAGAAUUUUUGACAAAACUAUUAAUAAUAAUUAAAAAAUCACUUUGAGUUUCGACUAUCUCAGUUUACAACUUUAUCCGUUGCUAAGUUAAUGUUCCUUAAUUUUCGAGGCAUUUUAGAAAUCAAUGAGUAUUUUUAGUUCAGUUUUGUAAAACUAUAAAUUUUGUAACAGAAACAUGCUACGCAAUAUGAUUGGUUGAUGAUGCUGGCGACUGAUUCGAUUGGUUGUUUAUCUUAUGAUCAGCCAAUCACGUUAGCUGUCGGGAAGCAAAGCAAUAAGUUGAUUGGUGUAUAAUGGGUGUUAUGCAUGAUAUUGUUAUAAUUUAUAGUUUUAUAACGCUGUCGGAUGGUCUGUGUACGACUUUAAUUUUGUUAAAAUAUCAAUAAAGUGAUUCGUUUGUAGUUGUAUGAGUCAUUUCUACUUGCGCCAAAUAUAUUCCAAUAGGAAUGGGAAUGUUGGAUAUUUUUAUUAUUUAUUAUACAUUUAUAGCUACUUAUGAUUCUCAAGAUUAUUGUAAGUAGUUUGGACUGUUUUAUAUUUAGGUGACCUUAUUAAGUAUAAGGCAGACAGCGCCGUUACGUUAGAUAUAGCGAGGCUAUAGCAGAUUAGUUAGGUAAUGGCGUUGUAAUGUCACUACAUUAUUUUAUUAAUUAGUGCGAAUUUAAAAUUGAGGUCCAAUUCGUAUGUUUCUAAAUGUAGUUCCGUAGGGAAUGCAGAUUAUUUAGCUGUCAGUAUAACUUUUUAUUUGUAAUUAAAAUCAUGUUAAUUUUAAGGUAGUAAACGUUUUCUUAUUCGUUUCAGGUUUAUAUUACUCGCUAGAAUCGUUAAGCAAAAGUGUAUUGUUUUAAAGUACAUACUUAAUAAAAAUAAUAAUAGUACG